UCCUCCACCUGCACGCCAUCGCCGCGCCGCGACCGACCGAGGGAGGGGAGGAGGAGCAGCCGCGCGGCGACGCGGGAGCGGUAGCACAGCCGGAGCUGACUGAGACGGUCGGGAAGGGCAGGCGUGGGGGAUGGAGCUGGAGAUCCUGGGGAUGAACUUCGGGUGCGUCCUCGCGGCGCUCGCGGACGCCAAGAUCCCGGAGAAGGGCUGCCUGCUGCCGCUCGCCUCCAAGCUGCUCGGCUACUGCAUCGUCGCCGCCUCCACCACCGUCAAGCUCCCGCAGAUAUUAAAGAUUUUGAAGCACGGAAGUGUAAGAGGACUUAGUGUAGCAUCCUCUGAGCUUGAGGUUGUUGGCUACACAAUUGCUCUAGCAUAUUGUAUUCAUAAAGGACUGCCGUUCUCUGCUUAUGGGGAACUAGCUUUUCUGUUAAUCCAAGCAAUUAUUUUGGUUGGAAUCAUUUAUUAUUACUCCCCACCAAUGGGAACCAAAACAUGGAUGAAAGCAUUACUAUAUUGUGGACUAGCUCCAACAGUGUUGGGUGGGAAAAUUGAUCCUGCUCUUUUUGAAGUUCUUUAUGCUUCACAGCAUGCUAUCUUCUUCUUUGCUAGGCUUCCACAGAUAUGGAAGAAUUUUACGAAUAAGGGCACUGGCGAGCUGAGUUUUCUUACCUGUUUCAUGAACUUCGCUGGUUCCAUAGUAAGAGUGUUCACCAGCAUCCAGGAGAAGACUCCCUUAAGUGUGAUACUGGGCUCUGCAAUCGGCAUUGUGAUGAAUGGUACACUCUUGGGUCAGAUUGUGAUGUACCAAAAGCCUGCUCCAAAGAAAGAGAAGAAGAGAGAUUGAGAUUGAGCACAACACAAGAAACAACAGAACGUUCUUUCUGGUGUCCAUCUUCAGCCAAGCCAAAAGCACCAGUGUAUGAAUUUCUUGAAGACUCAUGUGAUGAUGAAAACGAUGGGCAUCAUAUACACCUUGGAUAUGGGCAUCUUGCAUUCUUAGUAUUAGCAUUUAGCAGUGUCAUGACUUAUGACUGAUGUUUGAUCAUCAUUAGGUUGCUGCACGGUGAAGGUAUUGAACUAUUGAUGAUGGAAAAACUGGUCACUUAACUCUCAUGUUGGUCAAUGUUGGAAACUCGCUUUUUUUUUAUCAUCUGUUUAGUUAUUUAUGAAUGCAAAAUCCAGAAAGUUAUGAAUCGCUACAUCGAAUUCUCUUUUUUUGUGUCAAAGAUGUGUCCUCAGUUUGUGACUGGCUCUCUCUACCUCCAUCCC